AUGGGCUACCCACGGAGGUUGUGGAGGGACAUCCCUGAAGGCAUUCAAGAAAUGACUUGUGUGUCCACAGGUCUAGUUGAUGUGGUGGUAUUUGUCAACAGGAGGUUCCGCCCUGACCGCAGACCCGCUCCCGCCCCGCCCCUGCCGUCGCUUCACUCCCGCGGGCGGCGGGCGGCGCGUGCGCGCGCUGCGGCCAUGGCGGGAGUGCUGGUGCGGGCCGGCCGUGCCUCGGCCCUGCGGGGAUCGCUGUCACCGCUGAGGGCGGCUCGGGCAUUCCUGGUUUGCAGGCUGAAGUCAUCGGUCAGCUUUCUCACUCGACCGGAUCGACCAAAUAUUGCUUAUCAGAAACUAAAAGGAAGAAAUCCAGGGGUUAUUUUCCUUCCAGGCUUCAAUUCAAAUAUGAACGGUCAGAAAGCAACUGCCCUUGAAGAUUUCUGCAAAUCGUUAGGUCAUGCCUUCAUCAGAUUUGACUAUACAGGAUGUGGAAGUUCAGAUGGUAAAUUUGAAGAGUGUACAAUUGGGAAGUGGAGAAAAGAUGUUCUGUCUAUACUGGAUGAACUUACAGAUGGACCACAGAUUCUGGUGGGCUCCAGCAUGGGUGGAUGGCUGAUGCUUCAUGCUGCAAUAGCACGUCCAGAUAAAGUAGCUGCUCUGGUUGGAGUUGCUGUAGCAGCAGAUCAUGUUGUAACAACUUUUAAGAGGCUUCCCAUUGAGGCACAAAAAGAAAUAGAAGAAAAGGGUGAAUGGAAGUAUCAAACAAAGCAAAAUGAAGAAGGCUAUUACUCCUUGACCUAUGACUUUAUCAGAGAAGCAGAAAAUCACUGUGUGCUGAAUAGUCCUAUUCCUGUGACAUGUCCCAUACGCCUUAUUCACGGCAUGAAGGAUGGGGAUGUCCCUUGGGAGAUCUCUAUGCAAGUUGCUGACCGUGUUUUGAGCAAGGACGUGGAUGUUAUCCUCCGCAAAAUCGGCCAGCAUCGGAUGAGUGACAAGGAGGAUACAAAGCUCCUUGUGAAUACUGUUGAUGAUCUAAUUGACAAGCUGUCAACAGUAGCAUAAGCAGAAGAGUAGCAUUAGUGCAUGAACUCUACACCUGACUCUUUUCCUUGAAUAACAGAAGCCUUGUUCUUACCCAGAUGGUGGCAAGCUUGUGACUGUCACAGUAGGAACUGAGCUUUAUCUGCUGUUUCCUUACCUCUGUUUCAUAAAUACAGGAAUUGUAUUAUUGCUGCAUUUGCACACAGCCCAAAGUGUGAAGGGGUGCUGCUAUUGUGUUCAGAACCUCUCCUUCACCAUUUUACCCAUUUUUUUUCACAAAUUUCCUAUAAUUUUGUACUGACAUGUUGAUUACUUUUUGUUGCUAUUGGCCUGUACAGUAAAACUUUAUUUUCACAUCUUUGA